GCAAAAAGUUAGGUUUAGGGUUUCCUGCUAGGGUUCUUGCGCAGCCGGCGGAGGGGAGAGAGGAGGGCGGCGAUGGUGCUCAAGACGGAGGUAUGCCGCUUCAGCGGUGCCAAGAUCUACCCGGGUCGCGGCAUUCGCUUCGUGCGAGCUGAUUCGCAGGUGUUCCUCUUCGUGAACUCGAAGUGCAAGCGCUACUUCCACAACCGGCUCAAGCCCGUGAAGCUCACCUGGACGCAGCUCUACCGCAAGGCCAACAAGAAGGACGCCCAGGCCGAGGCGGUGAAGAGGAAGCGCCGGGCCAACACCAAGCCCUACUCGCGCUCCAUCGUCGGCGCGUCGCUGGAGGUGAUCCAGAAGAAGAGGGCCGAGAAGACGGAGGUGAGAGAAGCGGCACGCCAGGCGGCGCUCAAGGAGAUCAAGGAGAGGAUCAAGAAGACCAAGGACGAGAAGAAGGCGAAGAAGGCCGAGGUGCUGUCUAAGGCCACCAAGGUGAAAGCCCCCAUCCAGCGGGGGCCUGUCUCCAAGGGGCCCAAGCUCGGCGGCGGUGGCGGCAAGCGCUGAUCUAUGAGAGGAUGGAUCGAUCGAGAGGGAGAGAUCGCGAGUCUGGGAUUUGUUCUCGGAUCAAUGCCAGUCUUUGUGGUUUUGUUUGCUUAUUUGUGUUGGAAAAUAUUUUGGUAAGAAUGGUGGUAAAUUUUUCUCGCGA